AGGGGCGAUCCUUACAUGCUGCAGCAAUCAACCAAUCCAGCCCCUGGACUUCUGGGACCACCUCCUCCAGCGAUGGCCAUGAGAGGUGGCCCUGAUGAUCGACAUGGAAACUUUAGGGGUUACCUAGGACAUGAAGACAUGUCAGGACAAAGACCAAUGCCAAGGAAAAUGGGAACCGGCAGGGUGGUUCAUAUCAUGGAGUUUGAGCGAGGAAAGAACUUGAGGUUCCAGCUUCUAAAACUUGCCAAGCCCUUUGGAACGGUUGCCAGCUGUUUCAUUCUGAACAAAAAGAACGAGGCUUUCAUUGAAAUGUCCACCCCAGCAGAGGCUCAUGCUAUGGUUGAUUACUACAAUAAUAAGCCAGCUCUUGUGUAUGGGAAUCCGGUCCAAGUACACAUGUCACAAAAAUAUAAGCGCAUUAAGAAACCUGAGGGAAAACCUGAAGGAAGGGCUGACGGGAAAGCUGAAGGAAAGUCUGAUCAAGAGGCAAAAUCAGAUGAUGAUAAAGAACCUGGCCGUGUCGUACACCUUACUAACCUACCAAAAACCAACUAUACUGACAGCGCAGUUGUAAAGCUGGCUGAGACGUAUGGAAAAGUGAAGACCUACAUACUGAUGAGAAUGAGAAGUCAGGCUUUUAUUGAGAUGGAGCAAGCAGAAGAUGCACAAACUAUGAUAGAGCGCUGUGCCAAGAUUCCUCUCAUCUUCCAAGGGAAGAAUGUGAAAGUAAACCUCUCACAGCGAUACAAAAAACUUGUAUUAAGAAUUCCAAAUGCUACAAUAGAAAAACAACAAAAAGAAAAGGGCAGAAAGAGAAUUCAUCCCCAAGAUCAGAAGAACGGUGGUAAACCAAAGCUGCGCAAGACUGACAAAUCAGACACCAGUGAUGCAGACAAGUCCUCACAAGUAGUCACCACAGAAGAUAAUGACCAAACCACUGAAGAGACUGAUCCAACAGACCUGGUGUCUGGAUCAUGUGAGCCUGAGAUGGCAGAGGAGACAGGGGAUGAAGAAGCAACUGCACUCUUGGAAAUGGGUGGCUCUGUAGAAGAUGGGGCAGAAGAAGUACCUGACAUUUCUGACCUGGAUCAGAACGAGAUGAGUGAAAAUCAAGGCGAUGCCCAAGAGCCAUUUUCUUCAACUCCUGCUGUUGGAGAAAGAAAGAAGAACUCACAGAGCUUUCGUGGGAAUAUGGAAGAUUUUGUUACUCUUGAUGAAGUUGGGGAUGUGGAGGAUAUGGAAGGUCACAAGAUGAAAUUGGAAGCUUCCGAGGUUGCUGAAAAUGAGACCGCUAAAGCAGGGAUGAGUGCAGAGGAUGCGCUUGCAGGUGUUAAAAGCGUUACUGACGAGAGUGCUACAGAAACCAGUACAGAAAAUACAGAUUAUGAGCUUGGGCCAUACCAGCCCAACAAUCCUGUU